UUGACAAACAGGAGGAAGAGCACCGGUCCCAAUAUUGAUCCUUGGGGAAUGCCCUGUCUGAUAGUCAGCUGUUCAGAUGUGGUUUUCCCUAAUGUAAUAAAUUGCUUUCUCUGAGACAGGUAAGUUUCCAAGUUGGGUUUCAGUUUCUAGAACUCACAUGUCAGCAUAACCCUAGUUGUUUGGUGCAAUACUUCUGAAGGUUUGGGAGAACUCAAAAAGCUAUGGAAACACUCAGCUACAGCUGAAACUGUUUUCUAUUUCUAAAGUAAUCAACAAAUUAUGUUCUAAAUUCCUUAAACGUCUUAUCCUCACAGAUUUCACCAUGGAGACAGGCAGAAUUGGAGUUCCACAUGGCGAAAUGAGCAAAGAAGCACAGACUGCAAUGUGGACACAGCACCAGCAGUAUCAUGACUCUGGUAUCAUGUCAGGUGUGACCACCACUGCGCACUCAAUCAAAGGUGAUGAGGAUGAUGAUUACAUGAAGACAAGUCACAUGCAAUUUGAAUGGGAAACAGGCUUCUCUGACCAGGAGAUGCAUGCCAUGAAUGAACAGUUUGUCUCUACUAGGAGUCAACGUAUUCGUCAAGCCAUGUUCCCAGAAACGCUAGAGGAAGGAGCUCAUAUCCCUUCCACACAGUUUGAUUCCACCUCAUCCACAGCCGUACAACGUCUUGCUGAGCCAUCGCUCAUGCUCAAACAAGCUGUUGUCAACCUCAUUAACUAUCAGGUAAAUACUGUCAACAUUUUUGUGAUCAUUCAUACAUACAUGCAGUACUUCUCAGGAGAAACCUAACAGGGAAGUCAACGU